AUGGGAAAGCGGCAAAAGCGAGAACAUGCCGGAUUAGAAGCUAGCUUUAUCGGGAGAAGCAAGUGCCUUAAGCUGCUACAAAUUAGCUUGAAAGACUUUCGGCGUCUCUGCAUUUUGAAAGGCAUUUACCCUCGUGAACCGCUUGGCCGCACUCCUGGAAACAAAAAGGGACAGUCGUACUACCAUAUCAAAGACGUCCGUGCUAUUGCUCAUGAACCGGUUUUAGAAAAAUUUCGCGACUUUCGAGCGUAUAUGAAGAAGGUCCGCCGGGCUGCUGGUCGAAACGAAAAAGACGAAGCGAUUCGAAAAAAUGCACUGGUUCCUACUUACACAAUUCACCAUCUCGUCAAAGAAAGAUACCCUCGCUUCUCAGAUGCUCUUUCUGAUCUGGAUGAUGCACUGACUCUUUCGUACUUAUUUGCUGCGUUGCCUGCCGAAAAGAACAUCAAAUCAAAAGUUGCCGGCAAGGCAAAAACACUGGUAGCUGCAUGGGGCGCCUAUUGCGCAACUACGGGAUCCAUCUCCAAGUCCUUUAUUUCUGUGAAAGGAGUAUAUUUGGAGGCGACUGUUCAGGGCUCUCAAAUCCGAUGGGUGGUCCCACAUUCUUUUACUCAAUACAUGCCAGAGGAUGUGGACUACCGUGUUAUGCAGACAUUUUUUGAGUUCUACGAAACCCUUCUGAAUUUUGUGUUGUUCAAAUUGUUUAAUGUUAUUGGAGUGCGGUAUCCCUUUCCCGUGAAGCAACUGGGUGACCAAGUUGUAGGCACUUUAGAAAGCAUGGCCCAGGAGCAGAUAAAGCACGCUAUUCCAGGAGGUUCAGUGGAUCUAGAUGAUGAUGCAAUCAUGAGAAAACGUAUGUUUGAAGGUCUUACAUUCUUCUUGUCUCGCGAGGUACCCCGAGGAUAUUUGGAGCUCAUCUGUCUAGCGUAUGGAGGCAAAGUAGGCUGGGAAGGUCAAGAUAGCCCUAUUUCUGUAAAGGAUUCGACUAUCACACACCACAUUAUCGAUCGCCCGAAACUUCCGGUCAGCUACGAGUCAUUGCCGAAAUCAAGGGAAUACGUGCAACCUCAAUGGAUCCUAGACAGCGCAAACUUUAUGUUUCUGUUGCCGAUUGGCAGAUACGCAGUUGGUGCUGAACUACCACCUCACCUGUCGCCCUGGGUUGACGAUGAGGAAGAAGGAUACAAGCCUGUGUAUGCCGAAGAAAUUGAACGUUUGAAGAACGGUGAACCAGCUCGCCCCGUCGAUGUAGAAACGGAGCCCGAGCUUGCGGAAGAAUCUCCCGAUUCCACUCCAGAGGAUAUACAAGCACCGGACGAAGAUGAAGAGGACGAAGGGGCGGAUCUAGAAUCAAAAAUGGAUAACGAGGAUGUACUUAAGCGGCAGCAAAAGAAGCGAAAGAAGGAAGAAGAUGAAGCCCAUGAACUUGCGAAGACGAUGAUGAGCAGAAAGGCCAGUCAUCUGUACAAUCGAAUGCAGCAUGGCAUCGCGCAGAAGCAGGCUAAAGUGGAUAUGCUUAGCCAGCGUCGUAAAGAUCUAGGACAAAGU